AUGAUAGCCUCGACGCCGUUAUCCCCGCACUUUUCUCCCAAUAUUUUCGGAGGGGCAUUCGACGUCCGCGACCGCCCGCACCACGCCACUCGGCCCAGGAAUCAGGCCAUGCCAGGUCCAGGCCACAAUCGACCCAGUUCAACGAAUGAAUCGACCAUGACAAUCCCAAAUUCAAGCCAAAACGUUAGUGGCAUUCUUGGACUAGCGACGCCGCAAGCUUUGCUGCUGCAGCAUCAACAAGUCGCGAGCCUCCAGCGCUAUCACCAACAGCAGCCCCAUCAACCAGCCCUGGAGGGAUUGGAGUUGACAGCUGCCGAGAACCAGGGUCACCAACACCAAUUCGCCUCGGCGCCAUUUGUUGAUCACCAGGGUCCGCCCGCCCUGCUCCAUGCGCAACAGGCACCUGCCACAUGGCUUCCGCCCGGAUAUGGGGCCCCGUUGUACAGUGGCAGCCAGCAGCAACAGCACGCUGCGGCAGCGGUCUCCUCGUCAUCUUCUUCUACAAUAGCGGUAUCAGUAGCCAAUCCUCCCGUCACGGUUUCUGCAGCAGGCGGCCUGAGCAGCAAUAAUGCCGGCGGCGACGGCGGGCAGUUAUUCGAUUUCGGUUUUGCUGCACCACCAGGUGAACAGGCGUUCCUUGGCGGAGACUAUGCCGACAUCACGCCACUUUCCACAGCAGCAGCAGUGACAGCUCACCCGCAACCAACAACCACUUUUGAUUUCCAUUCCUCGCCAUGGCGUCCGAGGCUUCAGGAUAGCAGCUCCGUUACCCUGACACCAAAUAUCACAGCCGUGGCCGCCGCCGAACUGAACCACGACGUCCGCAAACAGAGCAAAGGCAGCAUGGAGGACGACAGCGACACUAGGGAACCAUCGUGGGGGGACGACGAGGAAAACGAUUACCAGGGCCACCGAAGACGAGGCGGAGGGGAGGCCGGGGUCAGAAGCAGCACGUCACCUAGGCCUCGGAGGCAGCAACGAAAGGGCAAGCGGCGCGCCGUGGCCGAUGCCGGCGCUGGCGUCAAUGGUGCUGUCGAAGACGAGGACGAACCCACCAGCCCCGCGGGCCGUACCAGCGUCAGCGGUCGUUCUAACAAAUCGGCUUCGGUAGCCUCCACGACGGCUUCCAGCAGCAAGACGGCGCCGGCGCCACGGCUGCGUAGCGCUUCGCGCACUUCAAAAAACGCAUUGCAGAAGCCCGCUGAGACGGCCGAAGAGCGUCGCACCCGCGCCUCGCACAACCUCGUCGAGAAACAGUAUCGUAACCGGCUCAACGCCCAAUUUGAAGGCCUUCUCAACGCUUUGCCGGAGCAGGUGCGCGGUCCGGCCAGUACAGGUGCGGACGGAGGGGGCGACGGAGGCGGCGGCGGCGGCGGCUACGAGUCGGACCCGCAGCCGGCGGAUCAGGAGCGGCGCGUUAGUAAGGCCGAGGUGCUCGACAUGGCGCGGCGGCACAUCAAGAGCCUGGAGCGGGAGCGGGACGAAUUGCAACGUGAGCGGGGGGAUCUAUUGCGCAAUUUGGAAAUUAUGGAGCGGGAAAUGGCCGCCAGCGGCAGCGGACGACUAGACGAAUUUCUCGAUGUCGAGGGACCCGCGGACAGGAGCGGCGAGUCAUCAUGGAGGAAUGUAUGA